AUGGAGCAAAGAGAACCACCCAAGUCCCGUUCGAAAUCGGAGUCGGAGUUGGAUAGAAUUAGCAACUUACCAAGUGAUGUUUUAGAACAAAUUUUGUCACAUUUGCCCAUUAGAGAGGUGGCGAGGACAAGUGUUUUAUCAAGCAAGUGGAGAUACAGAACGGCUAUGAUUCGACAUCUUGUGUUUGAUAAACAGUGUGUCUCAACUAAAAAACGUAUAACCUUUGUGGACAUUGUUGAUCAUGUACUCCUAGGUCACAUUGGCCCCAUUCAUAAGUUUAAGCUUUCUCAUCUAGAUCGCCUAGCCACUUGGGAUAUUGAUCGAUGGAUUCUUCAUCUAUCAAGAAACUCUAUCAAAGAGUUCGUACUUGAAAUUGAGGAAGUUUGCUGCUACAGUAUUCCUUCGUAUUUGUUUUCCUGUGAAGAUAUGAUACAUUUAGAGUUAUUCAGUUGUCUGAUAAAACCUCCGCCAACAUUCAAAGGCUUCAGGAAUUUGAAAAGCCUUGUUUUUCAGCGUGUUACCUUGGCCCAAGAUGCCUUCCAAAAUCUGAUAGCUUGCUGCCCUCUGCUUGAAAGGUUGACUUUGAGAGAGUUCAAUUUCACCCAUCUCAAGAUUGAUGCACCAAAUCUCAAAUUCCUUGAUGUUGAAGGUGAUUUUGAGGAUGUUAUUUUUCAGAAUACCUUAAAUCUUGCUGAUGUUUGCAUUUGUACGGACACCAGUGUUGGCCAAAGAUGGGCUUGUGACAGUACUCACAGCAUGUUGGUCAAGUUUUUGGUUCACCUGCCUCAUAUUCAGAGGCUAAAAAUUCAGGGAUUCUUUUUACAGAUUUUGGCUCUUGGUGCCUUGUCAGCAGAACUUCCAAAACCGUGUCUAUAUCUGAACUUUCUUUCUAUAAGCGUAAACUUUAAUGAUCUGAGGGAGAUUUUAACUGCUCUAUGCCUUCUGAGAAGUACCCCUGCUGUCCAAGAACUAGAAAUUUCUGCCGCCGGAUCUGCUCUCCAAGAAAUUUCUGCUGACAGAGAGGGUCAUUCUGCUUUGUCAGAAGUGAACUCUUUAUAUGGCAACUGGAUUUUCCCAUUCUCCCAACUACGAUUUGUCAAAAUAUCCGACGUCUCUGAUGUCAAAGCUGAAUUAGAUUUCAUCAGAUUUCUGCUUUUAAAUUCCCCUGUGCUUGAGAAGAUUAUUGUUAAGCCUGCUUAUGCCGAUGAUUCUUGGGAGCUCGUUAAACAGUUGCUCCGAUUAGGGCGUGCCUCAGUGCAUUCAGAGAUAAUAUUCUUGGACCCAUGA